AUGGGCAACGAGCAAUCAUUUACACCUGUCGAAACGAUGAAACCAGGAAGUCGAAGAAGCUUGGAUGCGACGUUAUUACGUCAGGUCAACACAGGACAUCUCUCUCCACGCGUAUCCAUCGUUGGUCAUUCAAUCACACCGCAAAGUCAAACUAACCAUUCUUCACAUAAUCUUUUACAAUCUGAAAAUCGAAAGCUUGCACAUAAGCUGUCCGACGUAGGACUCCCUCCAAAUUCCAAUAUAAACCUCCAGCAUCACCGUUUGAGUACGGAUUGUGCUUCAGAUCUUAGACAUUUCAAACCCAAGCUUUCGUUAACUGGUAGAGAAGACAUGGGAAAUCAGCAAGGUCGAAGGCUUUCUCGGGCUGCCGUUCAUUUGGAAAAUGGUGGGGAAGCCGGUGCAUCACUGGUUGAUUCGCUAAAACUCUCUCCAUAUCAAAUGCAGCUGCUUCAAACGACAUGGACCAGGAUUAAAGGAAAUAGCAAUACAUUUGCCCAGGUCUUCAAGUUGCUAUGCUUCAAAUCGACAAUUUGUCGAGAGAUGUUUCAAAAGAUGUCCAUUGUUGAGGGUUUCCGAUCGAAUCAAUGCUGUGACUUGAAUAUGCAUGCAAAGGUUUUAGCAGAUUUAUUAGAUUCUUUAAUGUCAGAUCUGACUCAGUCUUCAAAAAUUGUACAAGCUCGUUGUAUGGAUAUUGGGGCUUCACAUGUGAAUAUGAAUGAAAGAUGUUGUGGAAGCUUAUGGGACCAACUGGGUGAAUGCUUGACAGAGGUCAUAACUAAAGUUGAAUGUGUUCGCUCCAAGCGUGAAGCAGUCAAAGCCUGGAUUUCGUUGCUCAGUUAUUUGGUAGAUGGGAUGAAAUGUGGAUAUAUGGAUGAAUGGAAAAGAAAACAAAAUGGGAGAUUAUGUCACAGCAAUGGCUACGACAGUCAAGAAUAA